UUUCAUCCGCACUUUUAUUGUUAAUUUGUUCAAAUAGUUGUAACGAACGGCCCAAUUUUCGGUAUGGCUGGAAAACGUAUCAAAGUGACAAAUAAGGGAGCAUUGCGAAUCAUCACCACGCACAAUCAGCAAAAGAAAAAUGCAUGGAACAAAGAAUGCUACGAUGACAUAAACAAUGCACUUUGUGCAGCUGCUGUCGAUGAUACGGUUAACGUGGUGGCAAUAACAGGAGCGGGCGAUUUUUUCAGCUCCGGCAAUGACCUGAGCUCCAUGGACAUGGACAAUAUCGACGAACUGCGAGACUCAGCACAGAAAAUGCUUAUUGCGCACAUCAAGUUCCCAAAACUUCUAAUAGCUGUCGUUAAUGGACCAUGUAUUGGAAUCGCUGCCACUAUCGUAGCAUUAUGCGAUGUUGUCUAUGCGGCCAAUAUUGCGUAUUUCUACGCUCCCUUCACACAGUUGGGAAUAUGCAUAGAAGGAGCAGCGUCCUAUAGCUUUCCGAAAAUUCUCGGUCCAUCAAAGGCUGCGGAGGUGCUUCUAUUAAACCAUAAACUGACUGCCGAUGAAGCGUUGAAGUUUAAAUUGGUGUCGGAAGUUUUUACACCAACGGACUUACAAACGACAAUUUGGCCAAGGAUCGAAAGCUUCUCAAAGUUGCCCAGAAAUUCGAUUAUGGUUGGUAAAAAGUUGUUACGAAAUAUCGAAUCGGAUAAGCUUGAAAGGGCUCGCAAAGAAGAAGCGGUUGCAUUAUUUAAACUCAUUGAUUCAGGUGAAUUUAAGAACGCAGCGCUUCAAUUCUUGAAUAGAAAAUCGAAAUUAUAAUUUUUGGACAGAACGGAAAAUGAAAUUGGCUUUUUACUCUCGAGACAA